CCUCUGCUGUCGCCUCAGCAGCAGCAGCAGCUACAACAAAUCAAAAUAAACUUCGGCCCUGCGGACAUUUUGAAGCACCAACUAGCCGCCGUCGCCGCACUUCGCCGCGUCGCGCCGCUCACCAAGUUCUUUUCAAUUUUGAUUCGCAGCAGCGCGCAUCUAGCGUCAACGUCAAGCGUCAGCGUCGAGCUGGCUGCACCAGCAAAAACAGCUGAUUAACAUGUUGUUCGGGCCGAACGGCUGGCAACUGCACUGCUAAUUGGGAGAGUUUAGAGCCAACCCACGACGACAACAACAACAACAACAACAACAACAACAAAGCGAACCAGCAAGAGGGGGAGAAGGUAGCCAAGAGCUAAGAAGAGCAAACACAACAGCAAAACAAAGGAAAAAAGGGGCGCCUUAAUUAAUCACAGUUAGGUCUGUUAUGAGCAGCAACAACUACAAAGUGAACCGUAGCAGGAAUUGAAAAAAAGAGAGUGUGAGAGAGAUAGAGAGUGCCAGCCAAUAAGAGCGCGACUGGCCUGCAAACGCGUGCAGCUUACAGUUAUAAGCGGCGCCUGAAAGUAGAAGACAGUAUUACAGCAGCCAAGUUAAGCUAAAUAUAUACUUAUACGUAUAAGACAGCAAAUAUAAAAAGUGACAUUAAAGCGAGAUCACUUAGAGAUAGUUAUAACUUUUACUUAUUACACUUAUACUCAAAAGAAGUAUAAGACUUAAUACCGAGCGACAGCAAGAGCUUAUACUUAUACAUAUAAAACAUAGCAACAACAAGAGACGUUAAAGAGCGCGCGAGCUCAACGCAAGACACUAUAAUCUCGCACCAAUUGGUCAGCGAAUACAAACAACUCAAAAGAGUCCCAACAGCAGUAUAAGACGCAUUGAUUGGUCAACAGUAAGGAAUUAUCUUAAUAUUUAACAGAAUGUUAUCGCCAUCGCUGUUACACCCGCUGUUAACAGCUCUAGUGCUGUUAACGCUAGCAUCAAUUUCGCUUGGCCACAGAGAUUGGAUGCAGAACUGCAGCAAUUGCCAUUGCCACUGGAAUUCGGGCAAGAAGAGCGCCGACUGCAAGGGCAAGAAAUUGACAAAGAUACCGCAGGACAUGAGCAACGAGAUGCAGGUCGUGGACUUCUCACAGAAUCAAAUACCGGAGCUGCGCCGCGAGGAAUUCCAAGUGGCCGGACUACAAAAUUUGCACAAAAUAUAUUUGCGUAACUGCACGAUACAAGAGGUUAAUCGCGAUGCGUUCAAGGGCCUGCCUAUUCUAAUCGAGCUGGACAUGUCGAGCAACCGUAUUAAACAGCUGCAUCCGAGCACUUUUGAAGGACUGGAGAAGCUGCGCAUUGUCAAUAUCAACAACAACGAGAUCGAAGUACUCGAAAGUCGCUUGUUCAUCAAUUUGCCGUUUCUGUCGCGCGUCGAGUUCAACAACAAUCGCCUAAAGCAGGUGCAGCUGAACGUGUUUGGCGGUCCGCUGAGCUCCAUUUCACUGGAACAGAAUCAGCUGACGCACUUGAACAAGGAGACCUUUGCCAAUCUACCCAAGCUGAUGUAUCUCUCGCUGCAGGGCAAUUCGUGGAACUGCAGCUGCGAGCUGCAGGAGUUUCGUGACUUUGCCAUAGCCAAGCGCCUCUAUACACCGCCCACCGAUUGCCGGGAGCCGCCACAGUUGCGUGGCAAACUGUGGAGCGAGGUGCCGUCGGAGAACUUUGCUUGCCGCCCUCGUAUACUCGGCUCUGUGCGCUCCUUUGUCGAGGCCAAUCACGAUAAUAUCACGUUGCCCUGCCGCAUCGUUGGCACGCCGCGACCCAAUGUCACAUGGAUCUACAACAAGCGACAAUUGAAUCCGAAUCCCAAUGAUCAACAUUUCCGCAUACUGAACUCGGUGGGCGAACAGGUGAACGGACAGCAACCACCUGUUCAGGUGUUGACCUCUGAGCUGCGCAUCUACGGCGUACGGAAUUCGGAUAAGGGCGUCUACACAUGCGUCGCCGACAAUCGAGGUGGCAAAGCGGAAGCUGAGUUCCAGCUGCUGGUGAAUGGCGACUAUCUGGGAGCAGCAGCUGCCUCGGAUGGUUUGGCUGGCAUCAGUGGAGCUAUUGGCGCCUCGACCAGUGACCCCCAGACGAGCAUCAUCUUAGUGAUCUGUCUGAUUGUGACGACAUUUCUUGUGCUGCUCAUCUGCCUGGUACUGACACUGUUCUGGUAUUGUCGUCGGGUAAAGACCUAUCAGAAGGACAACACAAUGAUGAGCGGCGAUGGUUUGAUCUCUUGCAAACUGGACAAGACACACAAUAGCUCGAUGCUGGAGGGAUCUGUGAUCAUGGAGAUGCAAAAGAGCCUGCUCAACGAGGUGAAUCCAGUUGAGAAACCACCGCGACGUACUGACAUCGAGAGUGUCGAUGGCGGAGACGAUGGACAUGAGAUCAAGAAGACCUUACUCGAUGAGACGGCAUACGCCAAUCAUACGCGCGACGACGAGACGCACUCGGUGGCGCUGUCGGACACGACGACCACGCCCCGUUCGCGGCACGCCUACGUAGAUGAUGCAUACGGUAAUAGCUUGCCACCGGAUCUGCUGGCCUUUCCGGCCCGUGUGCCACCCACCUCGCCCUCUAUGCAGUCCUCGCAGUCGAACAUACCCGAUCAGGUUAUCUACGGCAUACGCUCCCCACCGCCACCACUAACCAGUCCCGUCUACGCACACAUGACGCCCCACGGUAUCUACGGCACCACAACGACAACGAUGGCCGCACACAAUGGCUUCAUGACCCUGCAGCAUCCCAAGUCUCGUAAUCUCGCCCUCAUCGCCACCGCCAAUAGCCGUCACCAGCAGCAGCAGCAACAGCACCUGGCUGCUGCACUGCAUCAUCAGCAACCCGGUUCGUCCUCUGCCUCGCCCUUCUUGCCAGCGCCCGUUGUCUAUUCGCCCGCUUCCAGUGCCGUCGUGAUGAAGCAGGGCUACAUGACCAUUCCACGCAAGCCGCGCGUGCCCAGUUGGGCGCCGAGCACAUCCAAUGCGGCUGCAGCAGCGGCCGCCGCUGCCGCUGCUGCCGCACAGCAUCAGCUCGGUGAAUUCCAAUCGCCCACUUCACCGAAUCCCAGCGAAACGGGCACGGCGACAACUGUGGAGCUGCAAGCGGAACCGGUUUACGAUAAUUUGGGAUUGCGCACAACGGCGGGCGGUAAUUCAACUUUGAAUUUGCACAAGGUACAGGGCGGCGGCGCACAGGGUGCACAGGGUGCACAGCAACAACAGCAACAGCAACAGUAUACCAUGCGUGAUCGCCCAUUGCCAGCCACGCCCAGUUUGACAUCGGUAGCAUCGGCCACAGCCAGCAAGAUCUACGAGCCCAUACAUGAGCUAAUACAGCAGCAAGCACAACAGCAACAACAGCAGCAGCAACAACAACAACAACAACAACAACAACACUUAUACAAUUCGGAUACGGAACCUUUAUAUGGUGGCCGCCAUUACGGUAUUACGAUAUUGCCCGGUUCGAGCAUUAGCGGCGCUGGCUUGAAUUCGCCGUCGUCUGCUGGCGCUGCCGCUGCACCUGCGCCAAUGGCAAUGGCAACAGCGACGCCUGGCGGCGAUUCGCCGAAAAUGGCUAAAAUACCACCCAGGCCGCCGCCAAAGCCCAAAAAGAAAAUGUCCGUCACGGCGACGCGCAGCGGCCAAGGCAGCACCAGCCAGCUGUUUGAUGACGAAGGCGAAGACGGCACCGAGGUUUAAUUUGGCAAGAAAUAAACACACAGACAGAUGCCCCUUACAUCCCCUCCCCCUCUCUCUACCCCUUCCUCUCAAAUAAAA